AACUGGAACAACCUCCCAACCGAAUUGCAUCUAGCUGUUGCUCGCUUCCUCCCUCCUCAAGAUACUCGUGCUCUUUCACGUACCUCUCGAUCUUCAUAUAACCUUCUCGUACCUCAAAUAUUUUCCGAUGUCACAAUCUCAUCUCGUACGGCUCUGCGAUCAUUCGCCACCCACGUACCAGCCAGAUACGGCGCUCAUAUAAGGCGUCUUAGUAUUUGCACAAAACCCGCCGAGAAGGCACUCGUGCAAGAAGUCGACUGCACAGAAGACCUUGCAACCAUUCUCGCCACUUGUUCCUACCUGCAGUCCUUAUCACUCUCGCUUGCGGCAUCACUUGAUGCAUCCACAAUCACA